AUGGCCUGUCCUCAUUUAGAACAAUUGAAGGCCGGCUGUGGUUUAGAAAAUUACGAAACUAUUUACAAUUCAUUUGUAUUGCCUUCAGUAUUGCCUGACCCCACUUAUCAGCAGGCAUUUGUAUCUUGUUUUGACUGCGAAAAUUUCAAUAAUGACAGAUUAAUGGCUUGUAUGCAUUGCAUUUAUUUUGGUUGUUAUGAGCAACAUUACUCACUUCAUGGUUCUUCCAAAAUACAUUGUAUUUUUGUUGAAAUUCCAAGUGGAAAUGUAUUUUGCAUGAUAUGUGAGGAUUUUAUUUAUGAUGCUGAAGUGGAUGAGAUAAUUAAGAAAUGUGAUGAAUUCAGUAGAAGACAGUAUGUUAUUUGGAAACCUACUGCAUACGAAUGCAAGUUACUAAAAGAGCAUUGUAAGAGAGUAAAAGUUGAUCCAACUACCUCAAUAGGAAUGAAGGGAAUCAUAAACCUUGGAAAUACUUGUUUCAUGAAUUGCAUAAUUCAGGCAUUUUUACAUACUCCAAUGUUGCGAGAUUAUUUCUUCACUGAUAAACAUAUAUGUUUUGCUAAAACAUCAACUGAAUGCCUAUUCUGUCUUAUGUCAAAAAUUUAUCAAAGGUAUUAUGCUGAGGGUGAUUCAACCACUCUUUGCUUGCAUGACAUAUUAUUCCUUGUUUGGAAACAUGACAUAAAUCUAUGUGGCAAUAACCAAAAAGAUGCUCAUGAAUUUUUCAUUUCUGCAAGAAAUUUAUUGCACAAAGUUUCGUCACCACCAAUUCAUUCUCAAGGUUCAUUUAAUAAUAUAAUAGACUCAAUAUUUCAUGGAAAAUUGCAAUCUGAUGUUGUAUGUCAGAACUGCUUGAACAUUUCUACGAAAAUAGAUCCUCUGUGGGAAAUUUCAUUGGAUAUACCUGAACCCCCAUCAGAAGGUCUUUUAGAGUGUUUAUACCAUUUUACAAGACCAGAACCUCUGGGCUCAGAUGGAAAAAUAAACUGUAGUGCUUGCAAUAGUUACCAAGAAGGGACAAAACAACUUACGUUUAAGUUAUUGCCUCUUAUUAUAGUUAUACAGUUGAAGAGAUUUGAGCAGGUGAAAUUUAAGUACCAAAAGAAAUGUACUUACGUUCCGUUUCCUAUUGAUAUAGAUAUGUAUCCAUUUUUAAGUGGAGUAAGAAACAAUAUUGAAAAGAAAAAUCUUUAUAAAUACAGUUCUUAUGUUCAAAGUAAUGAUCAUGGUGACUAUAGGUAUUCACUGUAUGCUGUUGUAGUUCACAAGGGUACACUAAGUGGAGGUCAUUAUGUAGCUUUCAUAAGGAGAACAAAUAAUAAGUGGUUUAAUUGUAAUGAUUUGUUAGUAAUCCCAGUUGAAAUUGAAGAAGUAUUAGCUAGUGAAGGGUAUUUACUUUUCUACCACAAAACUGUUCUUCCAUAUGAGUAGUAAGUCCAUUUUAGAGGUUGACGAACUGAAAUUUUAGAAAUACUCAUAUAAUUACUAGUAAAUUGGAAUGAUAUAUUCUGUGAUAAAAUUAUUUAAAGAUUUGUUAUUAUAAAAUAAUUAAAAUUCCUUUUGUGAAGUUUUUUUAUGGAAUUUU